AUGUCUGUUUCCAAGUGCGAAGAUGAAAAGAUUUCAAAAGCGAUUGAGGCAAAAAUUGAAAGAAAUAGGCAGAGAGCUCUGCUAAUCCGGCAGGAGAAAGUUAACAAACGUUUGCACUCAUUAGAUGAAGACAAUCAUGUAAAAAAUCAGGUUUCUAAUGAAUGUGACGAAAGCCACUACUGCAGUAAAAAAUCCACAUGGGUAUUACCUAAAAAUGAUGAUACAGGCGCUGGUGGCUUUUUAAAGGAAGAUCAUCCUGAUUCAAAAGUUAAACUUGUUCACAAAAAAGGCGGCUUAUUGUAUAAUCACGAGAAACCAAUCUGUGAAGAUUGCAAAUCAACAUUUUCAGAUUCAUUUUUGUUUGACCAUUUUUUAAAAUCAGUUUGUGACAGUUGCAGGGAUAAAGAAGAGAAGCAUAGGUUGAUAACAAAAACUGAGGCCAAAGAGAGAUAUUUAUUGAAAGAUUGUGACUUUGAAAUAAGAGAACCUGUGUUAAAAUAUGUUUUGAAAAAAAAUCCUAAUUAUAAAAAGUUUGGAGAGAUGAAGCUAUAUUUAGAGUGUCAGGUAGCAGAAAGGGCUUUUGAAGUUUGGGGCAGUGAUGAAAAGUUAGAAGAAGAAAUUGAGAGAAGAAAUGAAAACAGAAACAAAGCCAAGAAAAAAAAAUUUGACAGAAAAAUUCAAGAUCUAAGAAAGUCGGUGAGAAAUAGCUUAUAUGAGAACAAGUCACACGCUCAUGAACACGAAUUUGGAGAAGAGAGCUAUCGAGAAGUUGACGACACUUAUUCCAAAGUUUGCAGAACCUGUGGAUUUGUUAGCACUUAUGAAAAAAUGUAG